UUACGAGUUUUAUUUUAUUAUUGUCCACUUAAUUUUGGGGUAAUGGUUUUCCUAAACAUGACGAAAACUGGUUAUAGAUAUUUAUUAGUGGGCUUUUAAUUUGGGAAAGAAUGCAUGUUUGUAUGUACAUAAACGCACAUUUACACAAUGCAUAAAGUUGUUAACAUCUCGUAUAACACGACUUGACGAGUUAUUUAGGUGAAUAAAUAACGGUGAUUUUGUGUAAAAGUUGAAUAUUUAUGUCGAGAAACAUGUGUAAUGGAGGAUGUCAAGCAAGCAAUUAAGAUCACAAUUCUGCAAUCACAAUUCACAAUAAGUUCUCAGGGGAACAAUUAUUACACCACAUCCCGUUUUGACCGCAUUUUCGAUUUUCUCUCACACGUAAAAUGAAAUGAUAUUUGAUGACACGAGAGAUAAAUAUGUAAACAAGAUGUCAAUAAGGAUAACUUUUCGUGUAGCUGGGGCCGAAAAUGUGGUCGGAAUUGGUGUAAUUUUCGGCUCAAUUUUCCACUCUUUUCAAAAUCGGGAUGCAAUUUUCUCUCCUCAAUUUGAUGUUAUCUUCUUCGCCUUGCUUAUCAUCCACAUGUCUGGAUAUGUUUCUACUCUGGGAACAUUUCUGUACCAGCUUGGAUUCUUCUCGUUUCGAUAUUUUAAUGAGAAACUUAUGCAGGAAGUGAGAUAUCGGAUUAGGCUGGAAAAAUUGAUCCAGUUCAUGUUUGGCCUUUGUCUCGGCGCUUGUUUAAUCCACUCCUGGGCCCAAACAGUGUCGAAUUCUGACUGCAUUUUGAACGGAUAUUGUCCCCCGCAAAGCACACCCACCCUGCUAAGACGGAUAGCUCGGUUGAGAGUUAAGGUCUGUCAAGAUGAUGAUAACACGAUAUGUUCCAACAUUUUCUACAAGUUUCCAGCCCUUGUGCAAACAAUAAAGUCCAUCGUGGCCUCGCAAUUUGUGUCCCGUCUUUGGGAAAGGGUUACAACGUUAGAACAGCAGAAGAAGGCGAAGUCAAUUAAUUAUUUGAAUAAUAAUUAAAUAGGCUGUUAAAUUAAGUCGGUCGCAUCAAAAAAUAAAAGCCAUUUAGUUAAA